AUGAAGACACAGGUCCUCUCGAUGCUCGGCCUCAUGGCUGUAUCUGUUGUUGGCAUGCCUUCCGAUCCUGAUAUUGGUCUGCCUCAAUGCUCCCACUGCCCACCGAAGCCCCCUCAGCAUGGACCGCGGUCGCUCGAAAUCGAGGCCCGCGGUGGGUACAACAACAAGAAGUGUCCCAAAGAGAGCAUCUACUGCGAGAAGUACGACCAUGAGUACUAUAACACGUACAGUCGUUUUGACCUCAGCUACAAUGAGGCCAUCACUUGCCCAGACCAGUUCCGGUACGAUCUCAAGGUCAAGGUCGAAGCCUGCUCCUCGGACAAGGGCAACAAGGAGUGCCUCAAGGUCUACUACCAGAAUGGGUACAACAGCCACAAGCGCGAUGGCGGGUACGAGUCGAUUGGAAAGUCCAACCUGGGCAUCUACCUCGACGAGCAUGACCAGUACCGCCCCGAGUCUCUCAACUACAACAACUACUGCCAUGGGAACCAGUGCUCGGUGCCCACGGACUCCCUGCCCGGGUACCCCAAUCUCUGCGGCAAGAAGAUCUACCUGGCGGUCGGCAACGACCGCUGCUACAACAAUUACGAGUACAAGGACGACGAAAAGUACCGCCAGAGCACCAAGCACAUCUCCGCCACCGUCAGCUGCAAGAAGGACGAGCACUACGACUACAACAAGGGCUGCAAGGAGUACUGCUGCUGCUACAAUUACGGCUACUAA